ACGGCAGCCUACCGGGCGAGCCCCUUUUCCUUGUUUGAAUUCCAAUGGAGGGCUCCUCCCCCCUCAUUUGAACUGCAGCCGAGCGCUUCCCUCCUCCCAUUCAUGGAGAUGCGCCCCUCGAAGCUGCUGCUCUACCUCUUUUGUGGAUUUUUGUAGUCUGAGGGAAGGGAAAGGUUGUUUUCUUUCUCUCUCGGUUGAUGGCGACGGCAUCGGCUUCGUCGUCGGAGGCCAUUGGGGCGGCUAAGGCCGAAGCUUCCGGGGGAGAAUGGCCGACGAUGGAUGAGCAGCAGCAUGGUGUUGUGCUGAAGAAGGCUAGGAAGGAGAGGGUCUGUACGGCGAAGGAGAGGAUCAGCAAGAUGCCGCCAUGCGCUGCCGGGAAGAGAAGCUCCAUCUACCGGGGGGUGACUAGGCACAGAUGGACGGGAAGAUAUGAGGCCCACCUUUGGGAUAAAAGUACUUGGAAUCAAAAUCAAAAUAAAAAGGGUAAACAAGUCUACUUAGGUGCAUAUGAUGAUGAGGAGGCUGCUGCUAGAGCAUAUGAUCUUGCUGCUUUAAAAUAUUGGGGCGCUGGAACUCUCAUUAAUUUUCCUGUUAGUGAUUAUGCUAGAGAUUUGGAAGAAAUGCAAAUGGUUUCAAAAGAAGAUUAUCUUGUAUCCCUUAGAAGAAAAAGCAGCGCCUUCUCGAGAGGGUUUACUAAAUAUCGUGGAAUUCCAAGACAACCUCAGAGCACUAGAUGGGAGGCACCUCCACCCUUUGGCCAAAUGCUUGGAAGCGAAUUCUACAGCUGCAGUACAAGUAGGGAUCCAACCACAGAAGGGAAGUAUGCAGGCGGUUUCAGCAUGGAAAGAAAAAUAGAUCUAACAACUCAUAUUCGCUGGUGGACUCCGAAAAAAUCGCGCCAGCCUGAGUCAGCCUCUACUCAUGAGGAUGUCAGCAGGGAGCUUCAAGCAGUGGAGAGCUCAAUUCAAGCAACUGAGCCAUACAAGCUUCCUCUCCUUGGCCUCCCACAGAAAGAGAAAUCUCAGGUGCAGGGAACAUCUGCUUGCAGCAUAUUAUCCAGAUCUGCAGCUUUCAAAAAUUUCAUGGAAAAAGCUUCACAAAUCCAGGAUGGUUCCAGCAGUAAAGAUCCAGAUCAGGGGAAGUCAGUUCCUCAUUUCUUUGGAAGCAGUGAACUUGAUAGCUCUGGACUUACCAUGGGAUUUGGUGAGCUGCCAAUCCAAAGAUCACAAUACUCUCUGUCUCCUCUCCUGGCAGCUCCAAUUAGGACAACUUGGAAUGCUGUGGAACCCAUUCCAGAUCCUGUCUUUUGGACCAGUCUUGUUCCACCAACUGGACAGUCUCUCACAACCGCAGUUUCAUCCCUGCCUACAAAUCCUGUUCUUUAGGUAUCAUUUUGUGCUCUUAAUUGCCUGUUUUAUAUCAUGUCUGAAGCAUAUACAAGCAAAGGGGGUAGACUUUUCUUACCCUAAGCAUGAAUCAAAGUAUUGUAGAAUGAUAAUUUGAAGCCAGUUCUGAAAAUGUAUCUUGUAUUUAUAUUAAUAAUGAAAUGCAGUAUAGUUGUGGUUUUAUUUGAAC